GACACCGGCCGCGGCGGUGCGAUUGCCUUUGUGCCCUCCUCCGUCCGGAGCGAUUCUCAUUGUAUAUACUUUGUACACGGCGGGGGAUUCGAGUAUGGCUCCCCGCUGGAAGAUGGCUACGACAGCCUUUGCUCGCGAGUAGCAGCAGGUUCAGGCCUUGUGGUGGUAUGUCCGGAUCAUCCUCUGUCCGGGGAGAGCCGGCCGUUUAAAGCACCCGAAAUCAUCGACGUGCUGCUGAAAGGUUUACGGUGGCUACUGCGAUUCGACCCCGUGACAAAGGAGCGAAGGAAAGCUUCCCAGAAGCUGAUCCUAGCUGGGGACUCCGCUGGAGCUACGCAGGUCUCCACUUAG